UACCCACUGCACAGUUUGGACUCCACCUUACAAUGAAGCCAUUUUAUUUUGAGUAGUCUGCUUCUGUUGGUUUGGUUAAAUUACUUGGCUUACGAUUUAACUAACAAAAUUUACAUCGCAAAAAGGGGAAAGUGAAAUUUUCUUUCCCAAAAAUAAAGACUACAUUGUGAAAAUUGUAUGGAAGGAAUGGAAUUUGAGAGAAGGGGUGGUCGGGGAGAUCGCGUGGGUCGCUAUGGCAGUGAACCUUACGAUCAUGACUACAGAGAUGUGGAUUAUAGGAGUUAUGGGAAAGAUGAGCCACAUUUUGGCUAUGGAGAGUUCAGCAGAGGGGAUUAUUCAUACAGGAGGGGAAGAGAGUUCUAUCCACCUUGUCCUAGAGAAGACCGAGUAUUUCAUAGAGGAAAUGGAAGACCUAAAGAAUAUGGCCGUUUUGCAAGAGGAGGAAGAGUAAAGGAAUAUGCAAAUUUCAGUAAAGAAGAUGGGGUGCUUGAAUAUCCUUCCUUCAAUAGAGAUGACCCACCUAUUGAGUAUUUGCGGAGAAUUCAAAAAUAUAAACACAGCACAAGGGAACUCAGAUCAUUUAAUAGAGAAACACACUUGUCAGAGUAUGGCCAGUUUACCCAAGCAGAGGACAAAGCAGAAAAGAACUACAUUCCUGACAGUGAGUAUAGGGAAGACUUUUCUGUGUUUCGACAAGAAGGUAAAGAUGAUUAUGAUGCAGAGUCUAUGGGGAAGAUGAAUAUCGAUGAUGUGCAAGAAUACAGGGAUCAGUAUUUGAAAGAACCUGAUAAUUCUGAGGAUUACUUUGAAGAAAGAAACAUGGUUGAGGCAGCAGAUGCAUUUUCUUCAGGAUGUUUACAUGGGGUAGAAUUAACUGAAAACUCAAAUAUCCCCACUGAUGGUGAUUAUCGUGACCAAGAUUAUCGACCAGACCCUGGUGAAGAAAAAGCUAGUAACAUCAUAAUGUUGCGAAUGCUGCCUACUAAUGCGACAGUUAGUGAGAUCCGCUUACAUCUCCAGGAACAAGGUAUCCAGGCAAAGGAUGUGCGUUUGAUGAGGAACAAAUCUUCAGGUCAGAGCCGAGGAUUCGCCUUCGUCGAGUUUAAUCACUUGCAGGAUGCUUCGCGAUGGAUGGAGACCAAUCAGGUCACUUCUCGCUGCUCACAACAAAGAUCACUCACAAUAAUGGGUCAGAAAGUGUCAAUGUACUACAGUGAUCCAAAGCCCAAAGCCAGUGAGGAUUGGCUGUGCAAUAAGUGUGGUGUACAGAAUUUCAAACGACGGGAAAAGUGUUUCAAGUGUGGAAUUUCAAAAACAGAAACUGAGUUAAAGUUACCUCUUGCCCACCAAGACAUACCUUUGGAACAUGUAAAUGAGUCUUCUCAAGGCCUAUUACCUUUGCCAAGUCAUUAUAGUCAGUCUACCCCUCAACCUUUGGAACUCGCACCUCAAACUGCGGAGGCUGCCAAUGACACUUUGAUUCUGAGAAACCUUGGUCAGCAUACAUCACUGGAGUCGAUUCUAACUGCCCUUGCCCCCUUUGCCACCCUCACACCAUCAAAUGUGAGGCUCAUUAAGGACAAACAAACACAGCUAAAUCGUGGUUUCGCUUUUUUGCAACUCUCCACUAUUGUUGAAGCAUCUCAAUUGCUACAGAUUCUCCAAACACUUCAGCCACCACUGAACAUUGAUGGAAAAAAUAUAGCUGUUGAAUUUGCUAAGGGAUCUAAACGGGAUGUUUUCAUGAAUGAGUGCAGCCGAGUUAAUGCUGCAACAGUUGCUAGUACUGCCAUUGCUGCUGCUCAGUGGGCUGUUACACAGACUGUUUCUUCUCAAGAAAAGUAUACAUUAUACCAGCAUAGUCCAGCUGUCAGUGGAGCUCCACAGGAGUACGUGCAAACGUCUGGACAGAGUGUCCUCCAGGUUUCCCAUCCCCAGGCAACUGCACCUGUUGCUUCAUCAUUGGGGGCACAUUUAACUUCUGCUACAGAUGCAUUCUCUGAGCCAGCAGCCCCUGGUACUGAAGCGGUGUUUCCAGUUUCUUCGUCAGUCUCCCAGAUUUCUUCAUCAACAACUGUACAUUCAGCUCAGCCUGUACAGUAUGCACAAACACAACAAAAUUGCAAGACUGAGAUCAUUGGCAAACCACAGCCAGAAAAUACAAUCAAGAGCUGCAGCAUAGAAGAAUAUCAGAAAUACCCUGUUCCCGAUGUGUCAACAUAUCAGUACGAUGAGACAUCUGGAUAUUACUACGAUCCUCAAACUGGACUCUAUUAUGAUGCAAAUUCACAGUAUUAUUACAAUCCCCAAACACAACAGUACAUGUACUGGGAUGGAGAAAACCAAACAUACAUUCCAGCUUCUCAGCAAGGUAUGGACCAACAGAGCAGAAAAAGCACUUCUACUAUUUCAGGAAAUGAGAAAAAGGACAAACCAAAAUCUAAAACUGCCCAGCAGAUAGCAAAAGAUAUGGAGCGGUGGGCAAAAAGUCUCAACAAACAUAAGGAGAAUUUUCGUUCAAGUUUUACACCUCUGAAUUCUUUGCAAGAUGAUGAAAGAAGGGAGUCUGCCAGUGCAGAUGCAGGCUAUGCUAUCUUGGAAAAAAAGGGUGCACUGACAGAACGACCACACGCCUUGAUGGAGCAUUUAAAAAAAACAGAAGAAAGUGUUAAAACAAAUCUGCCAAAAGGACUGGUUGCUGCAUAUAGUGGAGAAAGUGAUAGUGAGGAGGAGACUGAAAAAGCUGUUAACCACGAGGAGAGAAUGAUGGACUGGAACAAACUUGCCUGCCUGCUUUGUAGAAGACAGUUUCCAAGUAAAGAAGCACUGAUACGACACCAGCAACUUUCUGAUCUUCAUAAACAAAAUCUUGAGCAGUGGAGGGGUCGAAAAUCUGAAGUACAUGGAAUGAAUAAAAGUGAUGUGAUGAGGAGAUACCAUGACACAAUACCCGAGAAAAGUUUACUGUCUGAAUCUGUAAAUGCCAGGAAACGCAAAUUCACAUCUGCAGCUGAAAUUGAUACUCUUGGGGAGAGUUUGGGUGCUCGACUGCUGCAAGCUGGAAUGAGAAAAGGUUUGCUUUCCCACAACAACUAGCAGAGAAUUAAAGAUCCUGAAAAGAAAGUUGUCUUUUUUCCUGUAAUCUUUCAGUUUAGAAAUGCAGUGUUGUAAUAGGAUGUAUCCGUAAUAUUAAUCUUUUUAAAUGUUGUGAACAUCAUUGCUUUUGUAAACAGUUCUCAUAUCUUGGUCUACUAAAUUUAAACGAUAUUUCUUUAUGUAUAGACUGCAGUAUGGAUUUUUAAUAAAAACAAAAUUGACUUU